AUGCUGGCCCGUUCUAUCUUCACCGCCAUCGUGGUAUUUACUGCUAUCGCCUCCGGAUCUCGAGCUCACGCGAGGAACCGAGAUAUGAAAGAUCCAGCUAUUGCCAGAUCGAACGAUGCUGAAGACAUUGUUUUCGUACCAGAAUGUGGCGGUGAUCCCAACAAUCCUAACAAGGACCCCAAAUGCCAGACUCCUGAGUCCAAUCCUCGCGGAAUCGAAAGAACUUCCAUGAAAGCCGGAAAGCGUGAGAUUCAGGGCAAAAGAUGGGAAAAGCGGGCACCUUUAAGUCAUCUAAGAAGGCGAGAUCACGAUGACCCAGACGAGUGUUGCGACCCAGACGAGUGUUGCGACCCAGACGAGUAUUCUUAUCUCUAA